AUGAAUCAUUUGUCGCCGCCGCCAUCGCCGCACUCGCAGCCCAGUCCAGCGGGCUACGCCGGUCCCACUCUGGACAAGCAAUGGAUGCAGCGCGCCUCGGCCUUCAAUACGGUUAUAGCUUCGGCUGCCGCGCAAAAGCUUAACAAUCGAGAUCUGCCCUUUCUUUACAAUCCGCUGCUCUACUCGAGCGCUCUGCUCUGGCCGCAAUUUCUGCUCUCCUCGGCCUCGGCAUUGGGCACGCCCCUAACGCCUAUGACACCCAAAUCGCCCGCCUCCAUUGUGCUUGGCCAGCGUGAUCGCGACUACGCCUUAACGCCCGAAAAGGAGCAGGAGCUGCAGCACAACAGCAGCCGCAGCAGCCAUGUGCUGCUGCAGCAGGAUGAAGAUAUGCCACUGAAUUUAAGCACCAAGCAGCGCGCCAGAUCCGUUUCGGAUCAGGAUCAUGAUCACAAUAGCAGCAGCAGCAGCAGCAGCAGUAGCAGCCUGAGCGGCGGCAGCCUCAGCCUCGAUGAGCGGGAGCAGCCACUGCAUCUGACCACGCCGCCUCCUUUGAGAGCUGUCAAUCUGAAGACUGUCAAUGCUGGCACGCCCUCGCAGCAGCGUCGCUCGCAGGGCAACAUCAUCUGGUCGCCGGCAUCCAUGUGCGAGCGCUCCACGCGGCACGAAGCUGCAGCAGCAGCAGCAACUGGAGAAGACUUUGAGGAGCAGCAAGUGGAUCCCAUAGUGCGCAAAUUCAAAUACGAACGUCGCUCAGCUGCCUCCAUAUCGUCGCUGCAGUCGCCGUUGUCCUCGACGAGUGUCGCACAGGACCUGGACUUUGAGACGGCGCAGCAGCAGCUGUACGCACAUCGCAGCGCUUUCAUGGCUGGUCUGACUGGCAACAAUCUGGAGCUGCUCACACAGCACCUUAAAACACAGCAGCAGCAGCAGCAACAGCAGCAGCAACAACAACAGCAGCAGCAGCGGGUUAAAGCCGAGUCUGAGGCUGAGCAGGAGAACAAACGUUCGGCAGCAGCUCUCAUGGGUCUUGUGGCAGCCGCCGAACUGGGCUACAUGCGUAAUCAACACCAGCAGCAACACACGACUCAGCAUCAGCAGCAACAGUUGCAACAGCAGCAGCAGCAGCAACAUCCUGAUUCGACGGCCACAGAUGUUGCGCGUCGUUCGUCCUCCUCAUCGUCGUAUCAAGGCGAGUGCGAGGAGAAACGCAGCGGCAGAAAUUUUCAGUGUAAACAGUGCGGCAAAUCGUUUAAGCGCUCCUCAACACUAUCCACACAUCUGCUAAUACACAGCGAUACCCGGCCAUAUCCCUGUCAGUAUUGCGGCAAGCGAUUCCAUCAGAAGUCCGAUAUGAAGAAGCACACGUACAUACAUACGGGUGAGAAGCCGCACAAGUGCACCGUCUGCCUGAAGGCCUUCAGCCAGAGCUCCAAUCUGAUCACGCACAUGCGCAAGCACACGGGCUACAAGCCCUUCGGCUGCGGCCUCUGCGAUCAGUCCUUCCAGCGCAAGGUGGAUCUGCGACGUCAUCGGGAGAGUCGCCACGAGGAGGCCGCGCCGUCCAUGCCCAUCAAAAUGGAGGUCAGCAGCAGCAGCUGCUAAGCAGCAGCAGCCAAAACACGAUAUGUAAAUAGAAAUACUCAUGUAUUUCACCUAUGGGAUGAGACACCAUCCGAAUCCAGUGGACCCUAAGCUAAGAAUACCAGUUACCACCAAGUUGG